CUCCCCCCAUCACCGUCAUUUAACUAAGCAAACCCACCCCACUGUCACUCUCUGUCCUCAAAAUCACACACUCCGAGAGUCUACAAUGGCAGCAGUGAAAGCGUGUUUGCUUCUGUGCGUUCUCUCCGUGCUCUCCAUUUGCGCCGUUGAUGGCGCUGGCCAUUCCCACACUGUGGCGGCUCCGGCGCCGUCUGUGGACUGCAGCAUGUUGAUCAUGAACAUGGCGGACUGUCUGCCGUUUGUGUCGAACGGGAGUGGCCCUUCUAAGCCUGAGAAGACUUGUUGCACCGGGUUUAAGACCGUGUUGAAGGCAGAUCCUGAUUGUAUUUGUCAGGCCUUCAAGAGCAGUGCACAGUUUGGUGUGGUAAUUGAUAUCAAGAGGGCAAUGGCUCUUCCUGCUGCUUGCGGAGUCCAUGACUCCUCUGCUCCUACCUGUGGAAUGUCCCUUUCUCCUGCUAGUGCUCCUGAGACCUCUCCCACAUUGAGUGGACUUGGACCUACAUCUGCGCAAUCAGUGACACCAGCUCCAGCUCCUAAGAGCUCAAGUUCUGCAUUGUCUUCCUCAGUCGCAUCUCUUGUUCUUGGCCUCGUAGCUGCGGCAUUCUCUAGCUUCUGAGUGUUUGAACCAUUUUGAGAGUGGAUCACUAAUUUUAUGUUUAGCUCGGACCUUAUAUUGAGGGUUUUCCUUUUUUGUCUCUUGGAGUGUCACUGAACUUGAGUAGAAAAAACUUGAUUUUGUGGACUACUUUGAAUUUGGUUUUGAGACAUCUACUUUUUGUCAUA